GCUUUAACAGACAGUAAUAAUGAAUACGAGGGGUGGUGUAAUCUGUAUGUCAUUCCGCUCCAUUUAUCUGUCUGGCAUGCGUGUGCGCAGUCCUUGUACGUGCGUGUGAGAUUCGUAGAAAUCGGUUUUACUCUUUAUAUUUUUUUUUUCGGGUUUCGUAAUUUGAAAACAAGGAUCUGUUUUCGUUUUCAUGAACUGGGUCAUCAACCUAAUCCCACAAGCCGGAGAAGGAAAUAAACAAUUGUAGGUAAACAUGUGCUAAGGUCCAUGUCCCAUGUUGGAGUAAACAAAACAUGUGGAUAGCAAGGUCUUAGGCUUUCAAGUCGGAGGUGGGAGAGACACAUAGAGAGAAGGGAGGAGGGAGCUUUUGUUUGACUUCUGCAGGAUGAGAGGUUGCAGACUAAUGGCUGCUGCAAGGUCGAGGUUGCUCUUCUUCUUGGCCAUCCUCUGUGGAGGAUUUCAUGUCACAUACUCUGCAACGGACACUAACGACGUUAAUGCGCUGAAUUCUCUAAAGGCUACAUGGAAAAACGUGCCUCCCAGCUGGAUGAGGUCGGAUGACCCGUGCGGUUUGCCAUGGGAAGGAAUCACUUGCAACAGCUCGAGGGUCACUGGCCUGGGGUUAUCGACUAUGGGAAUCAAAGGACAACUGACUGGUGACAUCGGGACCCUAACUGAGCUAAGAUCCUUGGACCUCUCCUUCAACAAAGGCCUCACAGGUCCCAUCUCAGCACAGAUUGGAAAUCUACGCAAGCUGAAUAUAUUAAUCUUAGCCGGUUGCGGACUGUCUGGCAUCAUUCCUGAUGAACUCGGAAACCUUACAGAGCUAACCUUCUUGGCUCUGAACUCAAACAACUUCACGGGUAAAAUUCCCCCUUCUCUGGGUAAACUGUCCAAACUCUACUGGCUCGAUUUGGCCGAAAAUCAGUUGACUGGACCUCUACCUGUUUCCACGGAUACUUCCCCCGGAUUGGACCAACUCCUCAAUGCAAAACACUUCCAUUUCAACAAGAACCAGCUUUCAGGUCCCGUUCCAGAAAAGCUGUUCAACGCAGAGAUGGUUCUGAUCCAUAUACUAUUCGACGGAAACCAACUCACUGGUCCUGUCCCGUCCACGUUAGGACUUGUCGAGCACCUUGAAGUUCUCCGACUGGAUCGGAACAAGCUUUCAGGAGAGAUCCCCCCGAUCUUUAGCAACUUCACGAGAGUCACUGAACUGAAUUUGGCGUUCAAUGAAUUCAGUGGGUCGAUUCCCGACUUAAGUGCCAUGACAGCCCUCAAUUACAUCGAUCUUAGUAAUAACUCGUUUGAUGCCUCUGAAGUUCCCAAGUGGUUCUCGACACUAUCAUCCAUCACUACCCUGGUUGUAGAGUAUGGAUCUCUUCAGGGACAAUUACCGCAGAAGCUCUUUAGCCAUCCCCAGUUACAGCAAGUGAAACUGAGAAACAACCACCUCAACGGAACUCUGAACAUUGCUGAUGACAUCAGCCCCCAGUUGCAGCUCAUUGAUUUGCAGAACAACCAAAUCUCCUCCCUGACGCUGGGAUCUUCUGGUUACACAAAGACGCUCAACUUGAUCGGGAAUCCAGUGUGCGCGAGUCUCUCAAACAACUACUGUCAGCUGCAGCAAAUAAGUUCAAAGCCCUACUCCACAAGCCUCACCCGUUGUGGGAGCAAGACAUGCCCGGUGGACCAAAAGCUCAGUCCCCAGAGCUGCGAGUGUGCUGUUCCUUAUGAGGGGACACUAUACUUCAGGGCUCCCUCCUUCAGGGAGCUUUCGAACGCUACUAUCUUCCAGGGACUCGAGACGAGCUUUUCCACAAAAUUGGGUCUAACUCCAGGCUCGGUGUCUCUUCAGAACCUCUUCUUCAAUCCCGAUGACUACCUCCAGAUGCAGCUCUCCCUGUUUCCAGCCAGCGGGAAGGAAUACUUUAACCACUCGGAGAUUCAGAGGUUUGGUUUCCAAUUGAGUAACCAAACGUACAAACCACCUAAGGAAUUCGGGCCCUACUACUUCAUUGCGUCUCCGUAUCCUUUCCCCGCUCAUUCGAAAAGUUCUCUCAGUACUGGGGUAAUAGCCGGGAUAGCCAUCGGCGGCUCCAUCUUAGUUCUUGUCCUUAUCGGGCUUGGAAUAUAUGCAGUUCGGCAGAAAAAGAGAGCGGAGAGGGCAAUUGAAAGUCACAAACCAUUUGCAUCUUGGGGAGCAGGCAGCGGAAAAGACAGUGGAGGCGCACCUCAGUUGAAGGGAGCACGAUGGUUCUCUUUCGAUGAGCUCAAGAAAUGCACUAACAACUUCUCGGAGAACAGCGAGAUCGGCUUUGGAGGCUAUGGAAAGGUCUACCGAGGAAUACUUUCAGAUGGGCAAGUAGUUGCAAUUAAGAGAGCGCAGCAAGGAUCGAUGCAGGGUGGGCUCGAGUUCAGGACUGAGAUCGAGCUGCUUUCCCGGGUCCAUCACAAGAACCUCGUGGGCCUUGUCGGGUUCUGCUUCGAACAAGGAGAGCAGAUGCUCGUCUAUGAAUUCAUGCCUAAUGGGACACUUAGGGAGGCCUUGUCAGGGAAAUCGGGCAUAUACCUCGACUGGAAGAGGAGACUCCGAGUCGCUCUUGGCUCUGCCAGAGGGCUAGCUUACCUCCACGAGCUUGCAAACCCUCCCAUAAUCCACAGAGAUGUUAAAUCAACAAAUAUCUUACUGGACGAGAAUUUGACAGCCAAGGUCGCCGACUUCGGCCUGUCUAAGUUAGUCUCAGACAGUGAGAAGGGGCAUGUUUCUACUCAAGUCAAGGGCACAUUGGGCUACCUCGAUCCGGAGUACUACAUGACACAGCAGCUGACAGAGAAAAGUGAUGUCUACAGUUUCGGGGUAGUCAUGCUAGAACUGAUAUCCGCCAGGCUCCCGAUCGAGAAGGGCAAGUACAUCGUCCGCGAGGUUCGACUAGCUAUGAACAGGAAGGAUGAUGAGUACUAUGGGUUAGGUGAGAUAAUGGACCCCUCCAUCAGAAAGGCUGGAUACCUUGUCGGCUUCAGUAGAUUCCUUGAGCUUGCGAUGCAGUGCGUGGAGGAGUCAGCCGGUGAUCGUCCCACAAUGAGCGAAGUGGUCAAGGCUAUCGAGACCAUCUUGCAGAACGAUGGGGUGGGCUCGAACCCGACGUCUGCAUCCUCCUCAGCCACAGACUUUGGGACAUCGAAGGGCGUUCCGAGACAUCCUUACAAUGAUGGCCUGCCCAAGAAGGAUACCGGUUACAGCGAUUCUUUCGACUACAGCAGCGGUUACAACCUGUCUACUAAGAUCGAGCCGAAGUAGUAGGACGCUUCCGGUCUUCCUUGCUUGGAUUUUUUUAUUUGAGUUUCCUUCACGGUGCAAUUUUUGUAUGUAAUAUAACUUUGUUUUCGAUUUUAAGGAGGAAUUCAACGUUCCGCGUUUAGUGUGGAUCUUUUAUACAUGCAGAGUUAAGCGAAUUGUAACAAAACAAGUUUGCUGCUUUUGUACGGGUUGCUGCCUUCAACAAUACUUCCAAAUCUUGAAUAUAUCGAUACAAGUCCUUUCAUUUA